CUAUUUCCUCUCUUUGAUAAGUAUGGCAAGGUUGUUGACAUCUUCAUCCCCAAAGAUCGAAGAACUGGUGAAUCGAGGGGUUUCGCUUUUGUGCGUUAUAAGUAUGCUGAUGAAGCUUCCAAGGCUGUUGAUAGGCUCGACGGAAGAAUGGUUGAUGGUCGUGAAAUAACUGUUCAGUUUGCAAAAUAUGGUCCUAAUGCUGAGAGAAUUCAGAAAGGAAGGAUUAUUGAAACAUCCCCGAGAUCAAAGAGCUCAAGGAGCCGCAGUCCCAGCAGGAGAAGUAGGCAUCGUGAUGAUUACAAAGACAAGGACUACAGGAGGAGAAGUCGCAGCAGGAGUUAUGAUAGGAAUGAACGUGACAGGUACCGUGGGAGAGACAGGGACUCUCGUCGCCGAAGCAGAAGCCGCAGUGCCAGUCCUGAUCGCAAGGGUCGUGGAAGAGGGCGUCAUGAUGAUGAGCGUCAUAGUAGAAGCCGAAGCAGAUCAGUGGACAGCCGCUCCCCUGCACGACACAGUCCUAGUCCUAAAAGGAGCCCUUCUCCAAAGAGGAGUAUUUCCCCUCAAAAGAGUGCUUCCCCCAAGAAAAGCCCACGUCGUGAAAGUCCUGAUAAUCGUAGCCGAGAUGGAAAGUCUCCUACGCCUCGCAGUGUCUCACCACGAGGUCGCCCUGAUGCUUCCCGGAGCCCGUCUCCUCGAAAUUCAAAUGGCGAUGAAUAAGCUGUUCUUCAUGAAGUAUUCCAAAGACACCUCGACAAGUGUACCUGUUACUGUCUUGAUAAUAUUGGGUGAUUUGGUCAUUGUGAAUGGUCUUAUCAGAGUCUCGGAAAAAUUUUAUGAUCUAAGUGCAGUUUGUUGUGAUCGGGAAAAGUGAUUGGUGCCUGAUAUGCACAUGUUGAUAUUGUUGCUGUUGAUGCUGUUUCUAUGUCAUUGAUGAUAGUUCGUGAGUUUGAUGUCAUUGAUGAUAGUUCGUGAGUUUUGAUGUCAUUGAUGAUAGUUCGUUGAGUUUGAUGCUGGUUGCAAGACUAUGCUGGUUUUAGGACUCUGAUUGUUUUACCAGUGUGCUGGUUAGAAAGACAUUUAGUUGCUUGAUUUUUUCACAAUUGAUCUGGUUUUUGGUAAGCUUUUUUGUUCACUUCCUUAUUUCUUAAAUCCUGCACGCCCUGAGAUUUAUGAUUUUUGAUCUGGUAAUCGUGAUUGAUUUUUCAUAAAAAAUUGUCCUGAAAGGAAUUCUUGAUGCUGUGAUAAACACGAGUUGAACGGGUUUUGACAUGUGGCUGAUGCCUCAUAGAAGUUGGACCUGUCAUUUGUUGAUUCAGACGCAGAUACUAAACAUAAUCUGUGGUACUUAAUAUGAACCCUAAUUUGCUGGUAUGUUUGCUUCUAAUCACAGUGAAGGGGUCAAUGGUAAAAUAUUCAAGGUUGCUUUUUUUAGGGUUUUUUACUGGAUACUGAUUUAACAUUUUGACCUUUCGAGUUUAUAAUAUCUGCUACUUAAUGUAGUGAGAUAUGUUUGUUGUAGCACACUGCUCCAUGACUGUAGCUGUGAGGUGAUUGUUGAUGCAUCUUUAAUAUGAAUGUGUGUUCGUGAGUAAUUGAAGAAUUAACAAAUUACUGUAGCGGGCUGUUGCUUCCGUUUUUGCUGGGGUCGGGUUUGCAAUUGUAUUAGCUGUUGGUAGUUCGUGCUGAUGAUGGCUGUCUAGCUGUGAUGCUGGUUUCUAUUGAUUCCAAAGCCGUCUGACAUCAUUUUUUUCACUAUUACGCUCGCUUCAUCUUCGAUUACUCAUUCAUUUGUAUGGCAUAAUAUAAUAGUUAUAUCUUUUUAUCACUUGUUACUUGAACAAUGUGAUCACUAUUGUGGUGUGGUUAUUGUUUUCCAACUAAAAUAACAACCUAUGUUUUUAGAGA